GCCCCUUUUUUGGCAUGUUACUCUGAAACUCAGCGUGGAUGCAGGGAUUGGUAAAUGACUGAAACAGAAAGGAUUGAUUGUCUGCCCGAACAGGACAUAAAACAACUUCUUUUUGUGGAUUUAGGCUAGUUAAUUAUUAUUUAUUAUGAAUAACAAAAGUUUAACUUCUGUGUCGAAGGGAUGUUUCGUGUUACCAGCCAAAAAAAAGAAGAAAACAAUUCAAGAUAUAAAUGCAGGAAAGUACUUUUCGUGUUCAGAGUCAAGCAAAACUCGAUGGGAACUUUCGCAAAAAGUAUGGAUAGAUAUGGAAUGUAAAAUUAGGAAUUUACAUCUAGAUCUUACUGCAAACAUACUAUCUGAUUUGAUGGAUUUUUUAAAAAAUUCUCAUAGCUCUAAUCGUGAAGUUGGAGGAAAAAGAGCUGAAAUCCCAGCUGCUGCUCUUAUUACUGGUGUUAAUAUGCCAGAUCAUGCUGGAUUUUUUCACCAGUUAUCAGAGGAAGUUUCGAAAACAAUCACUCCACAUGUUGCAGUUUUAUGCUCCAAAAGUUGUUUGAAUAUGAAAAGUUUAAUGCGUUGCAUUGGGCAGCAGCUCAUAUUAGGAGAAGCCGAAGAUCUGCACAAUGUUUCUGUUGAAGAUACUGGGGAUCUUGAAACUGACAAAUCAAAUAAUUUUAUUUGGAAAAGAUCAGCACCAUUAACAAUGCCCCUACUUGAAAAAUGGUUUUCGCAAGCUGAUCAUUCCUUAGAAAGUAAGAAAAGAAAACAAAGCAAGAAGAGUUUGUCAUCAAACACACCUCCCAUUGUAAUUAUGCUGCGAGAUAUGGAAUCCUUUCUUCCAUAUUUAUUACAAGAUUUAAUUGCAAUGUUUAGUACAACUGUUGAUACUUUUCCAAUUAUAUUCAUAUUUGGGGUUGCGACUUCAUGGACAAGUGUGAUUGAUCGCCAACUGCCCCAUUCAGCCACUGUGCAUCUUUGUCUCGAAAAAUUUCAUUCUCCUACAGCAUCAAAACAUCUUGCUAUGAUUAUUGACAACAUUUUACUCACUUCUGGUUAUUCAUUUAAAUUAAGUGGGAAAUGCAUGCAGUUAUUACUUGAUGUUUUCCUGUGCCACGAUUUUUCUGUAACAACUUUUUUGCACAUUCUGAAAUUUUGUGUGCUUAACCAUUUUUAUGAGCAGCCAACUUCGUUAUUUUGCACAAACAAUAUCGCAGAAGCUAACAAGUAUCAUGAAAAAUUGUCUGGUUCACUUCUACAAAAACUUCGUGAUUUACCGUCUGUUAAAACUUAUUUCAAAUCUUUAACAACAAAACGAAAAGAACUUUUGCAAAGUUCUGAUGAAGAUUUUAAAAUUUUAGUGAAAAAAAUGUUGGAGGAUAUUCAUGAAUUUCAUCACUGCUUUUAUCCUGUGAUGCGUUCAUUGUUUUCUCUUUGUAAAUCACUUCCACGUCAUCCACUGGGACGUCAUUUACGAGAGCUGUAUUGCGCAUGCGAUCAUGGGCCUAUCGUUAAUUCGGAUGAAUACAAACAAGCAAAGAUGUUCUUGCGAGUAUCUUCAAGGGAUCAACUGAUUCAAAGAUUACAGUCUUGUGUUAAAGAACUGGAUGAUAUGCCACAGAAUGCAAGACCAAAUUCAAACAUUUUUGCCAUGGUUAUUGAUGCAAAGUCAGAAAUAAAUUCAGUUAUUAAUGAAUUACUACAUCCUGAAGAUCAAAAAGAAGAAGACUUGCCUCAAAAUGAAGAAGAUGAGAAUAUUGAAGAACAAAAGGAGGAUGAACCCCUUGAAAAAGUGAAAUAUGCUUAUCAGCUGAAAGAAAAUUUGAAGAAAAAGGCACAUGAAAAGAAAGUUAAAAAAAUGUCCACGUUUGAGAAACUGAGGAUCAAAGCACUUGAAAUUUUGGAUGUCUUGUUUACAAAAAUAUUACUUCCUCCAAGAUCAUUUCCGUUUCAUGAAAUUUUUUAUUUUGAUUCUACAUCAACUAUAAAACGGCAUAUGAUAGCAGCACCACGACUUGCAAUUCAAACAGCAUUGUCAGAUCCCAAUUGUUAUUUACAACAGCCUUGCUUGGAUGCUACUGAUGGUGUUAUUCCACCUUCUGCACCGGAUGUCUCCAUUGCAUACAAAUUGCAUAAUGAAUGUGGGAAAAUUAUAAAUUUAUAUGAUUGGUUGGAAGCAUUUCAUACAAUUGUAAAUUCUGGCGACAAUAAUCCACAUAGUGAUAAAGAAAACAAUCAAAAUGAAGAAAUCAACAAAUUUACUCAGGCUCGAUUUAUCAGAGCUGCGUCAGAAUUACAAUUCCUAGGUUUUAUCAAACCUACAAAACGAAAGACUGAUCAUGUCCAACGAUUAACCUGGUCGCAUACCUGAAAUCGUUAUUUAUUUGUUCAUGAUUCAAAACUAAUUUUUCAGCGUAUUCCAUUUUCAUCAAUAAUGUUCUGUUUUGGUUCUUGCUGGAGACAUUUGAAUGGUUUUGUUUAAGGGAUUUUUGAUGAUAAAGCUGCUCAAAAAUAUGAAUUAUAAAUAACAAAUUAAUAUUUGAAAUGAGAAGAUGAAAUUUCAUAGUCGUCAGUACUCUGGAAUACAGUAUCAAAUAUAAGCAUUCCAUGUUCUUGCCCAUAUAUGGGAUGAAUAUACAAUGGGCUAUUUAUAACAUUGGUGAUUCCUGCAUUUAUUUUUCGUCAUAUAUGCCUUUUCUCACUACAAAGAAAAAAUCUCACUGCAUUUUUGUGCUUAAUAAUUCACUUUAUCACUUUUUCUUAAACAGA